UCAGUUGAAACGGCAAGCUGUUCCUUGCUCAGUGAAUUGAAUAACUUUAAUGUUAAAUAUAAACUCUUCAGUUAUGAUUCCCACACGGGGGCAAUGUCGGCUCAAAAGAUACUUCCCAGAAUCCGCCUGGACCUGCCUCAGGACUGGACCUGGCUGGAUCACCUGGCUCAUCCCUUCCAUUUCCGGUGGAGGAGUAUAUCCUCAACCUCUCAGAGGAGGAAUGGAAGGCUUUCAGCAACAUGUUAGAAACUCCUAUGACAAGGAGCCAGUUUGUGGAGCUCUCGAAGACUGUCCUGAAGGUGUUUAGCCUGGGCUCAUUUCGUCUGGUUCUACCAACUUUGAUCCACCGCGGAUGUGAUGAGCUGAAGAGCGACUCAGAUACAUCCUCAAGAUCUGGUGAAAGUGGAAACUCAUCGGAGGGUGUUUUAAGUGGAUCCUCAAGUUAUAGUUAUGCCAGUGGAAGUGCCUGCGCGUCCUCAUCUGCUACUGCUGAUGGUCCGAUGCUCUGGAUGAAAUGUGCCCUGGCAGCCUUCAGGAAGAGGGUGGCAUGGCUUCUUCCCCGUCACUCGCCAGAUGUUCACUCUUACAUGUCUGACAUUCACGCCGACAGCGACAAGCGUAGUGCCUGCCCUCGCUCCCGAUCUGGAACCAGGACAGAGCCACGUCGUGGAAUUGAAUCCGUUCACGUAGAGGAUUUCGGCCUGUUGCCAGAUGUUCACUCUUACAUGUCUGACAUUCACGCCGACAGCGACAAGCGUAGUGCCUGCCCUCGCUCCCGAUCUGGAAUCAGGAGAGAGCCACGUCGUGGAAUUGAAUCCGUUCACGUAGAGGAUUUCGGCCUGUUGCCAGAUGUUCACUCUUACAUGUCUGACAUUCACGCCGACAGCGACAAGCGUAGUGCUUGCCCUCGCUCCCGAUCUGGAACCAGGACAGAGCCACGUCGUGGAAUUGAAUCCGUUCACGUAGAGGAUUUCUGCCUGUUGCUAGACAGACUGUUUUCCAAUGAGGCCAUUGAUCGAGUUGUCCAAGAACUUGUUGGUCAGGUGCAGGUUGCGACGCAAGACGGUGGUCCAUCUGGUGUCCCAGCAACAGUGACAGUUCCUGAGGCGGUGUACGCUAACACCGAGCAGGCAAUCAAGAACCUGCUCCGCCCGUAUGUCACCCCGCUUGUGGUUUGCAAUUCUCCAGGUACAACUGUCCCUAACAUUGCAAGAUUCACAGAACUGCUCCUUGCAGAAUUGGAAAACUGUCAUUCUGCUGCUGUGCUUGGAGCCGAAGACGAUGUUAGAGCCUCAACGUCGCACAGCGUGGACCAAAGCUGUCAGUCCAGGACCGCCAGCUUGAAGACCGACACGGAGACCCAGGAGUCUUCAAGCCAGAACGGACGCCAGCGCAUGCUUGGUCUGUUCAGCCAGCUAAUGGUCCAUCAGGUCAUGGAUAAGAUGCAUGAGGAUUCAGCAGCGCAACAAGAGCAGGAGAGCGUAAGAGGGUCUUCCACCGCCGCAUCCUUGCUUCUCGGUGACACUAAGGACUUUGGCUGCUUUGUCACUGUACUGCUGCUGAGGCUCCUGGCCAGAAUGAGUGAUGGAUGCCCCCGCUGUGGCGCCAAGAGGCUGGACCAGGACGUGCUACAAAAGCUCAUUGAGGAUCUUCUGUUUGAGUUCACCAGUGACCCAUGGUGCCCAAGCUUCGAUGGUGACCUCAGCGACCAAAAGAUUCCGUCCAUCUAUAGGGCCAUGGACGCAGUUUGGCUCAGACUGCUGAAGCAGUUUGGCUCAGACGCCAUCCUGUGGAGGGCCGUCGAUACACAGGAUGACUCAUUUGACGCAACCUUAUUGGCGGAAUUACGAAAGGAACUGUUUACCCAGUGUAACGUAGAAGAUCCUGCUGCACCAUCCACCCAAAGUGACUUGCCGUCCCUCAGCCCCGUGCCUGAACCGUCCACCCAAAGUGACUUGCCGUCCCUCAGCCCCGUGCCUGAGGUCACCUCUGGACAAACAGCUAGAAAAGCCAGAAGUAAACUCAAGAUCUUUAAGAUACGCAGCAGUGCAAAGAUUGCACCAACUAAUGAUGCUUCUGACAAGGGGCUGGAGUCAGAGGCAACCGUCACUCGUGCCCUAUCGGAUGAGGGUAUUGCUGCCGCACCUUCUGGUGACAGGAAGGAGCCGCGCAGACGGCCCUGGUACAAGAAGAUCUUUCUCAGGCUCAGCUGUUUUGGAGGCCCAGCUGAGAUCUGACCUGUCCAGCCCACCACCUAUACCCCUACUGCCCAUCCUAACCCAACCCUUCACCCCUACCCAACUCCCCAACUUGUUUACCAUAUCCACCCUUUCCGCACGCACACACACACACACACACACACACACACACACACACACACACACACACACACACACACACACACACACACACACACACACACAGAGACACACCUAUGCCAGCCACAUCACAAGGCUGCCCAUCACAGCCCAUACAGAGCAAAACCAUUUGUUUUGACUUCACUUUGGAAAGGCCUGUUAAGAAAAGGCCUUAACCCACUCACCCAUUGUGUCCCACACAAGUUUGCAGGAGUUGACGCAAACUGAUGAUAGCUGUGAGUUUGGACCAUUUUGUCCUGAGAGGCCAUGCCCAUAUGCAUCGCAAAUACACCCUACUUCAAGGA